UUCUUGGAGAGAGCGGGAUGUCCGGUUUGCGAGCGGAUACCUUCCUUUCGCGUGCUAUGAAAGAGCGAUUUAAAAAUGGGUGAUGUUGAGAAGGGCAAGAAGAUUUUUGUUCAGAAGUGUGCCCAGUGCCAUACCGUGGAAAAGGGAGGCAAGCACAAGACUGGGCCAAAUCUCCAUGGUUUAUUUGGCCGAAAGACCGGUCAGGCCCCUGGAUUUUAUUACACGGAUGCCAACAAGAAUAAAGGCAUCACCUGGGGAGGGGAGACACUGAUGGAGUAUUUGGAGAAUCCCAAGAAGUACAUCCCUGGGACAAAAAUGAUCUUCGCUGGCAUUAAGAAGACAGGGGAAAGAGCAGCCUUGAUAGCUUAUCUCAAAAAAGCUACUAAGGAGUAAUAAUUGGCCAUUGCCUUAUUUAUUGCAAAACAAAAAUGUUUCAUGACUUUUUUUUAUGUGUUCAAUUGAUCUCAUACACCAGAAUUCAGAUCA